AUGAACGCAGAUACGUGCGUUUCAUACUGUGAUAUGACAUCCAUGGAUUCAUAUUAUAACACGCCUUCGCCACACGGUAGGGAUCAACAACCAUCGGAUCCCUUCAGAAUAUUCCAACCGAGUGAAACCAAAUACAGCCCAACGUUCCUACCCAAAGGACAACAGGGUUACGAGGAGAAGUCUCGGAGUCCUUUCCAACAGGAGUGCCAGUCACUGGAUGACGGCACAGAGGAGGGCAACAACUUCAACAAAUACCACCUCUUCAUGCAACGACCGACCUGCAAAACACCCCCGGAAGGCGAAAAACUCCACCAGGAAAGCGGAGGACACAACGACGCGCUCAUCCCCUGCUAUGGAUUUAUUGACAUUAUGCGUCUUCAGAAGAUACUUUCGGUAACAAGCUAGUUAGCUAGUUGUGAACACUGCAUCUGAGAUCAACUGAGGGCUAAGUGAAACAUCUGGAUAACAGAGAGCUGAUCUCCUCAUCAUAAUGACAUGACUCUCGCUCAAUGUGAUCUGGCAACGGCUGUGGGAAAAGACGACACUACACACUGUUUGACUGUGUGAUGCUGAUGAUAAACCAUGCCUUGUGUUCAGGGACUCAAUGUCCUGACCAAGAGACC